AUGGUGGGGGAUGAGCCAAACAGAAAUAUCGCCAUUGACGACCUCAUUGUCCUGAAUGGUGCCUGUCCCCCGACAGGUUUCUGUGACUUUGAGAUGGACUUCUGUGGCUGGGUCAACAAUCCUCCAUCAGAGUUUGGACUUGACUGGGAUUGGCUGUCAGGCUGGUACAUGGCAGUGGAGCCUCACCAGGGUGUUGUAUUGAGCCCGGCUGCUCUCCAGAGUCCCACCAUGAAACAGGCCAGUGCCACCUGCACUCUGCACUUCUACUACAACAUCUACGGAGAAGACAAAAAAGAUCUCCAUGUGCUGCUGAAGGAGGACUCCAGGACCACCACACUGUGGUGGCUAUCUGGUAACCAUGGUGAUCUGUGGAAACACGGUGAGGUGACAAUUGGUCGAGUCAGUCAGGACUUCAGCAUCCUGUUUGAAGCGUCCCGAACCUUCAACCAUCCUGGACACAUUGCAAUUGAUGAUUUGGACUUCACCAACUGCACUCUGCCUGAGCCCCAGCCGCAGUGUCCUGAUGGCAUGUUCAUGUGCAGCAACAGAGUAUGUGUGGAUCCCAACCAUGUCUGUGACUUCAGCGACGACUGUGGAGACUGGUCUGAUGAGAACAACUGUGGAUGA